GCUCUGUUUUUUUGCACUUCUUUCUCUACUUACUAAUGUGGCUUGGCUAGAAUGCACUCGCUCCAACAAUAUCGUCCCUCCCCCGGCGCACCUCACAAUGCAUCAAGUAGCGGCUCGUUGGGAGACAACCACGGUCGAGAAGCCGUCGAUUCGAACAGUAUCGUCUCGAAGUCCAACCUCUGGCGCUACAUUCAGGGGAUGGACUUCAACCCUGCUCGAAUGAUUUUGGCUGAAAUGAUGGGGACGUUCAUACUAAUGUUCUGCGUGUGCGGGAUCAUAGCAAGCACCCAAAUUCUCAAAGGCCAAGUCGGGCUGUUGGAGUACGCGGCCACGGCGGGGCUCACCGUCGUCGUGUUGAUCUUCUCCAUAGGCUCGAUUUCCGGCGCACAUGUUAAUCCGGCCGUCACCAUUGCCUUCGCCGCAUUCGGCCAUUUCCCCUGGCCUAGGGUUCCAUUCUACAUAUCGGCUCAAACGAUCGGUUCGAUCCUGGCAACCUACGUCGGGAAGUCGGUGUACGGGAUCGACCCGGAGCUGAUGGCUACUAGACCGCUUCAGGGCUGCGUGUCUAGCUUCUGGGCAGAGUUCAUGGCCACUUUCAUGAUCAUGUUCGUCGCCGCCGCGCUGACUUGCCAUGCUCAAUCAGUGGGUUACUUAUCUGGAUUGGUCAUCGGAAUAUCAAUCGGACUCGCAGUUCUGAUUACAGGGCCGAUUUCAGGGGGGUCGUUGAAUCCAGCGAGGUCGCUUGGUCCGGCGAUCGUGGCGUGGAACUUUAAGGACAUAUGGGUGUAUAUAACUGCGCCGAUAGGGGGAGCUCUGGCCGGAGCUCUGACGUUCCAUGCGUUGAACCUGCAGCAGAGGAGAGCGCAGCCGUGCGCCGUGGAGGAGUCACCGUCGCCGUCGCCGGAUAGUGGGUUGCUGGUUCACACCAUAGCUUUUGGGGAUUCUAGUGGUUGAGGAUUAGAAAUGGUCCCAAUUAAUCAAGCUGGCUUGUUUUCUAGUUCGUAAUUUGGUGUGGAUAAAGUGAAAAGUUGUGUAAGAACAUUAUUUCUCAUCAGCCUUUCUGGUGGUGGAAGAAGAUGAUUUGGUUGUUAUUGUCAGUUGUGGAAGGAGAAUGAGAAGGAUGUUCAUAUUCUUGGUCCAUACAAGAACUCUUCUGUUCUGGUUUU